UGAAAGCUGAGAGAUCUUCAGAAUUGAUCUAGUUUUCCUUAGGAAGAAAAUGGGACUACAGCUGAUUUUCCUGCUAAUUAAGCUACAUUUAGUUGUUAGUACUCAACAGCUUCAUGAACAUGCAGCCACCAAUCUGCGCCAUUCCAGAGCCAGAAGCCAUUUUGUUAAUGCAUUCUCACCAUCAAAAUCAUCUUCUGAAGUUCCUUCAAGUAUUUCUCAACCACCUUCCCAUUCAUCUUCUGGUGUUCCUACAAGUAUUGCACUUCCACCUUCCAAGUCAAUUCUCAAAGCUCCUACAAAGAAAUGGAUGCAUGGUCCUGUGGAUUCUCCAAUAUCACAUCAUAAACAUCACUAUUCCAAAAGAAAGUCCAGCAAACCAACUCCAGGACCAGCCUACCCAAUCCAGGCUCCCACUUACAGCCAUCAAGGUCCUUCAGUCUUCAAAUCGCAACCUCCUUUCUCUUCACCAAAGAGCAGGGAUAUCGAUGCACCUGCACCUGCACCAUCACCAGCAGUUCUGUCAGGCCACCUGGAUGUGCCCUCUCCUUCACCUAGAAUUUCACCUCUAGGAUCAUCAUUGAAGAAGAUAAAGACUCCACCACCUGCAUAUGCAUUGGUUCUGCCACCUCCACCUCCUAAUAAGGAUUGCUUGUCAGUGAUUUGCUCAGAGCCCUUGACAUAUACACCUCCUGGAUCACCUUGUGGUUGUGUAUGGCCACUUCAAGUAAAACUCUGCAUCAGCAUUGCAAUAUACAAGUUUUUUCCUUUGGUUUCAAAGCUAGCUGAGGAAAUUGCAGCAAGCGUUUGGCUCAACCAUAGCCAAGUUCGCAUUGUGGGAGCUGAUGCAGCUAAUCAGCAACUGGAGAAAACCACUGUUCUCAUAAACUUGGUACCCAUAGGAGUAAAAUUUGAAGAUACCACAGCAUUUUUAAUAUAUAAGAAAUUCUGGCAAAGGGAGAUCCUAAUAGAUGCUUCACUCUUUGGUGCUUAUGAAGUACUUUAUGUUCAUUAUCCAGGUCUUCCACCAUCUCCACCUUCAACUCCCUCAGGUGUUUCUGGUAUAGAUGAUGGGCCAAAUCCUGGUCGUGACAACAAUGGAACUAUAGUGAAACCUUUAGGAGUAGAUAUCUCAAAAAAGAAAAAUGAAGGGAGUAAUGAAAGAAUGAUUGUUAUAAUUGUGUUAUCAUCAAUUAUUGCUUUUGUUCUAUUCAUUGGGCUUGCUUGGCUUUGUCUGUUGAAAUGUGGUUCCUGUGUUCAUGAACAUAAACAAGUUCCAGAUGGUUUAAUUUCAUCCUCUUCAAAACAAUCAAGGGCUGCAAGGUCAUUGUCUCAUGGGGUCAUGCAAGGUUCUGGAUCACUAUCCUUCAAUUCUGGAACAAUAACAUAUACAGGGUCUGCUAAGAUUUUUACUUUGAGUGAUUUAGAGAAAGCAACAAAUAACUUCGAUUCUUCAAGAAUAUUAGGAGAAGGUGGCUUUGGACUUGUUUACAAAGGUAUUCUAAAUGAUGGGAGGGAUGUAGCAGUGAAGAUUCUCAAAAGAGAUGAUCAACGUGGUGGCCGUGAAUUCUUGGCAGAAGUUGAGAUGCUUAGCCGCCUCCACCAUAGAAAUCUAGUAAAAUUGAUAGGUAUAUGCAUAGAGAAACAUACUCGCUGCCUAGUCUAUGAACUUGUCCCUAAUGGAAGUGUGGAAUCCCACUUACAUGGUGCUGACAAGGAAACUGAUCCACUGGAUUGGAAUGCCCGGAUGAAGAUUGCACUUGGUGCAGCUCGGGGAUUGGCUUAUCUGCAUGAAGAUUCAAAUCCAUGUGUCAUACAUCGGGACUUCAAGUCCAGCAAUAUCUUGUUGGAAUAUGAUUUUAUACCCAAGGUUUCAGAUUUUGGAUUGGCUAGAACAGCACUGGAUGAGGGAAACAAGCACAUCUCCACACAUGUCAUGGGAACAUUUGGCUAUUUAGCUCCUGAAUAUGCAAUGACAGGCCAUCUUCUUGUCAAAAGUGAUGUUUACAGUUAUGGAGUUGUACUCCUUGAGCUCCUAACUGGAAGAAAGCCUGUGGAUUUGUCACAACCACCAGGUCAAGAAAAUCUUGUGACUUGGGUUCGUCCACUUCUUACAAGUAAGGAGGGUUUACAGAUGAUCAUAGACCCGGUUGUAAAGCCCCUCAUUUCUGUUGAUACUGUGGUAAAAGUUGCAGCAAUUGCAUCCAUGUGUGUGCAACCAGAAGUGUCUCAACGUCCUUUCAUGGGUGAAGUUGUUCAGGCUUUGAAGCUGGUAUGCAGUGAGUUUGAGGAAACAAGGAUUUUUCAAGAAGAGGGUCUUCUUGUAACUGAUGUGGAAGGGAAGUUUUCUGGAGUUUCAGUUGAGAGAGUGGACUUUUUGGAGGAUCAAAAAACCCUAUCUGGAUAUCAAUCUGGUGAAGAAAAGGUAGCAUUAUCAGCUUCAGAGCUUCUCAGUAAUUCAGGCCAGGAAUUUGAGUCAUUCAGGAGGUAUUCUACUUCAGGGCCUCUAACUACUGGGAAGAAAAGGCAAUUCUGGCAGAAGUUGAGAAGUUUGUCUAGAGGUAGCACCAGUGAACAUGCAUUUUCAACUAAACUAUGGCCUGGAUCCCAUUAAGCUUUCACCACUGCCUGAUUGCAAAUUAUGAUAAGAGUGCACUUUUGUUUAUUACUAAGAUAGAAUAAUAUAAUGUAAGUUGCAAGCUGACUCAUAAAACAUUAGUAUGAUUUGGGAGCUCUUGCUUACUGCUAUAAAAAAAUGUUGAACA